CACAUGAUAUCAAAAUGGACGAUGGUUGUCAGCGGAAAAUAUUUUUCAUAAGCACAUUUGUCCUAUCAGUAGCUCUCCUAAUUCAUGGACUUCAUUCAAGUAAAGAUGCUACGAAUGUCAAACUUGUCCAUGUGAUAUUUAUGAAUCAUUUGGAUGUGGGCUAUGAUGGAAUUUCGCCAGAAGUAGGAUUUAUAAAUAACAUUCUCAAUAAAUACUUUCAUGAAUACUUUCCAAGAGCUGUGAAUUUGUCUGUUCAGUUACGAGCUGGAGAAUAUGCUGAAAAUUUUGUGUAUACAACCCAUCCCUGGCUGGUCAGCUUGUUUUUGGAUUGUCCAGAAAGUUUCAAGCUUACAGACAUCCCACUAUUGUGCCCUAAUGAAACUGAGAAGGAAUACUUUGAGGCAGCUAUUAAGAGAGGAGACAUUACAUGGCAUGCUGGUCCUAUGAACAUGCAGCCAGAGAACAUGAACAGCCUGCUCUUCCAGAUGAGCUUGAACAUGAGUUUUGACCUCGACAAAAGAUUUGGAAUUACAAGACUGUUUCCAACACUGAGUCAGAGAGAUGUACCAGGACUGACACAAGCAGUGAUCCCUAGCCUGGUACAGAGGGGGGUCUCUGCUGUUUCUGUCGGGGUCAAUCCAGGCACCAGUCCGCCAGCCGUUCCUCAACUCUUCAGGUGGAGCUUUGAGAGUAAUGAAGUUUUGGCAACAUGGCAUCCAGGAGGUUACCCACUGGGACCAGGGCCAAACCCAGCCCGCCCUGGAGGGCUGUCAACUAAAGACUGUGUGGUGCUGCCAGGAUUUGAACAUGCUCUUUGUUUUGCUUUUAUACAAGAUAAUGGAGGUCCUCCAAUUGAUGUCCUGGAAAUUUUAAGCAACUACGAAAUUCUUAGAAAAGAGUUUCCAAAUGCUAAAAUAAAAGGAUCCACGUUUGAGGAUUAUUUUGCGGAGGUGGACAAGAUCAGAAAUCAUCUGCCCAUUAUCAGACAGGAAGUGGGCGACACUUGGAUACAGGGAAUAUCAUCAGAUCCUGUCAAAAUGGCCCACUAUAGAGCCAUUAGUGAAACAAUGUCAGAUUGUGUAAUCUCUGGUGCUUGCAAUAUAUCUGAUCCAAGUAUAGUGAGUGCAGCUAGGCUACUUAUCAAGCUACCAGAACACACAUGGGGUCUUCCAGGGGUAGGGGACAAUGUUAACUGGAGCAACCCACAGUUCAACAUUGCAAGACGAGGUGAGAAUUUUAGGAACUGUGAAAAGGCUUGGCAGGAGCAGAGAGCGUUUCUUGGAAUGGCCAUGGAUCAGCUGAAGAAUACACCACCAUUGUAUAAGAUGAUUGAACAAGCUCUAUCUCAGCUGGUGCCACAGGAACCAGAUCUCAGUGCCUAUGAAAUAGUCACUGACAUGUCAGAGACAUUUAAAUGUGAAGAUGGAAUGAAAAUCCAGUUUGGAAAGGAUGGAUCACUCCUGUCAUUAUAUGAUCCUUAUAAUUUUGUAGAGUGGGCAACAGGUGCCCCUCUAGGACAGUUUCGGUACAUCACCUAUAAUGAGACAAAUUUUAUGGACAUGGCCAGGCAGUAUAAUUAUUAUGGUGGAGCAGGGUAUGACAAGAAAAACUCCACCAAAAAUGCCCAUCCUGAAUACAGACCUUGGCCAGCAGUUCUCAGUCAAAUGUAUCGAGCCAAAAAAUCAGCUUUAGAUAGUUGUGACAUUCUACUUAAAAUGGUGAUGGCAGAUUCAAAAAGUCACACAUGGUAUGGAGCUCCAGAGUCUGUAUGGAUAAACUACAAGUCAAGAGCUGAAGGAUUUGAUGUAACAUUGCAAUGGACAAACAAAACACCAACAAGACUAGCAGAAUCAAUGAUGUACCACUUCAGUCCGGCCAAGAAGAAGGGCUUUAAUUGGAGAUUGUCUAAAGUAGGUCACCUAGUGGACCCGGGUAAUGUCAUUCUCAAUGGAAGUCAGUAUGUUCAUGCUGUUGACAGUGGUGCAUAUUACAUCAAUAACAUCGGACAAGGUCUCCAACUCCUUACUCCAGAUGUACCACUGGUUUCCAUAGCAACAAAAGAGAGACCACCUUCACCUUUUCCUGUUCCGCUAAAGCCCAUUUCACAAAGUGACAUUUCUGGGGUAGCCUUUAAUUUGUUUAAUAAUAUAUGGAAUACAAAUUACAUAUUGUGGUAUCCAUACAACGAUGGAACAAACUCUUCUAAACCUGGUGAUUUUAAAGCAAGAUUUCAAAUUAACUUUUAUGUACCAUAGAAAUUAAUGGUCACUUUUAUCAUUUGUUGAAUCAUCAGUUAUCAAUGCUCCUUGAAUUUUUUCAUGUUGCGUUUCACAUUUUCCAAGCUGCUUGAUUUGUAUUUUUAGCUGUUUAAUCAGGUGUAUUUGAUCCAUUGAUAUCGUCUUCCUCCUAUUGUGGAUAAUAUUCCUCAAGGAAUCCUAUAACACUCAAAAUAUUUGAUUGAUUACAUUUUGCUUCUUUCUAAACUUUUAUAUUGUACUGUACAAAAGUUGAAAGAGAAUUCAUUUGCAUUGGCAGAUUUAGAGAGGAGGGGGUGUUUUGUGAUCAUAAAUCUUUUUUAAAAAGAACUAAUAGGAAAAAUUUUACAUUAUAAUAUAUGUGUCAAAUAUAGCUGGAAUAGCUCAAAAAUGAGUCUUUAAAAACUCUCUAAACCCGGGAGCUUCCCCCUCCCCUGAGCCCCCAUCAGGGCUGUGACCUGGACAAGCCGGGUGCCUUAAGGUGGCCUCGAGACCCCCCCCCCCUUUUUCAAUAAAUCUUGGAUCCACCACUGACUUGGGUGUAUUGUGUAAAUGUGAUAUUAUUGCACACACAAUCAUGUGUGAGAUAGAGAUCUUUGUUCAGAGACAGAUAUUAAAGCAUAAGCAAAAGGUUCUUACUGUGGUUUAUUCUUUUCUCUCCAAAUUUUUUUUGAUUGACAUUUUGUUUAAAUUUUACGAACAAUCU